GUCUGCUUUAGGAGUCGCGGGAAAUUAGAACUAAAUCGAUAACCGUCUGAUCGAUCAUCAAAAUAAACUUUCCAUGGGCAAACCAGCCGAGUUGAUGGUUCAGUGAGCAGGAUGGAGAGCAAUGUGGAGGAGCAGCUGAGGACAACACUGCACUAUGAUGAUAAGGAGAAGCUUCGUAGGAAGUUGGCACUUUUACAAAGGGAAUAUCUCAGAACAGCCCAGAGACUCCAGCGUGCUGAGCGUUUGGACGCAGUGCGUAGACAUGUGAGGAGCAUGAUCACACAGCAGAACCAGCAGGACCAGAGAGACCCAGAGGUGACAUCUAACGCAUGUCUCGACCCAUCGUCACAGAACACUGCCAGUGAAACGGCCCAAGGUGUACCUCAAUGCCAAGGACACACAGAAGGUCUGGUAGUUUCUGAUCACUUUAGGAGGAGCCAGGUGAUCAGGUUCUUGCUCCCCUCUGAUGCUGCUUGCCCACAAACCCCAGAUUCCAGCCAUGACACAGCUAGAGGUCACAGACCCAGCUCUGCCCUGCGCCUCAGGUCUCGGCGCAGCCGCCUCCGCUGGGAAAGGAGGAGUGCAGAGGCUGGCAGGAUUACAGACAACAGUGAGGAAGGACAGGAGGAGAGUGAAAGCAUGGAUGGUGCUAGAACAGAAGGAGAGGAAGAGAAAAUCAAGUCUGAGGGAACAGAGGUUGUGAAUGAAAGUGAAGAGCUGUUUUCUACUUCAGAAUCUGAGUCUCCCUCUCUGCUGCUUACACACUGGAACACUAAUAUGCACACUGAAACAGCAGAUAUGGAGGGAAAGGAGAUGCAAGGAUGUCCAGAACAAAGGGAAAAAGAGAGUGAGAUGAGAGCUGAGGGGAAAAAAGAAUCAGAGUUGACAUCAGUGCUGCUCAAAUGUUGUAAUUCUGCUAUACACUCUGAAGAAAAGGGACAAGACUGCACACAGAAUGAAAGAAAAAAGGCGAUGGAAGGAGGAGACAAUGGUGAAAAUAGUGGAGGACAGAGAGAAGUAAAGCUUUGUGAGGACAACAGUAAUAAGGACAUGGAACAAAAUCCAGCAGAGAAAAUAGAAAAUGAAAAAAGGCAUGAAAAUACCAUGGAAAUCAAAGAAGAAAAGAAUGGGAAUGAAGGGGAUGGAAAGACCGUGGGUCUCCUGGACUCCUGUACCCUUGUGGAGGGACUACUUUUCCCAGCGGAGUACUACGUCCGCACCACAAGGCGUAUGACAUUUUCACAGAGUCAGCCUGACAUGCAGGCCAUCAUACUCUCUCAGCUGAGCGUGGGACGAAACCGCAGGAACCGGGGCCGUGGCAGAGGAUUGAACAGGCACACAUACACCAGUGAAUAUUCAGAACAACACACUCAAACAGAUCUCUCCUCUCUGAAACCUGCCAUCUGUAGAUCCUCAGAAAGCAUCACAUAUGGUAACAGUCAGAGCUCUGGUGAGAUUUCAGAUAAAAACUCUGCUAGUCAGACCAAUAUGGACACUUUUUCAUCCCCUGCUGUCGGCACUACUCGUCCAGGGAGAGGAAGGAGGAGAAAAAGAGGCAGGGGCAGAGGAAGAUCUCAGACCCCACGAUCCUCUCAAAGUCGAACGGUCUUUGACCAAACCUCAGAUGAUCCCCAGCCCACCAGCACCCCAGUCUCUUCCUCCCCAUCUCUCCCAUGGAACCUUUGCAGGCUAAAGCCUUGUCUCACUCCUGGGGAGUCUGUUCCUGUGCCAGAUGACCCCCAGCUUGUGUCCACCCCGAGCACAGCUACCCAGCCUUCCUCUGAGACUCAGUGCAGCCCUGCCUCUGGACAUCUGGAGAAGGUGUAUCCCAUCUUUCUGAAGAGCAGCGGCAGGACAAACACUUCCACACAGAUGAGCACAGGUACAUCGAGCUGGAAAUCUCUCCUGUUGCCUUCCUCUCCACCAUCCCAAACUUCUCUCCUUCCCCUCCCAUCUCCGUCCCCCGGCUCCCUGAUCAACAACCUGAUGAAUUUUGACAUCCACCAAGAUUUUCAUCUCCCUGAUGACCAGUUUGCCUCCCUGAAGCUACACAAGCUUCGCCAAGUCGCUGUGGAAUCAGGAGUUGAACGUUUCACUUCCCCCUCUUAUAAUACUCGUAGUAGCAAUCGCCGCUCUCACCCUCGCUCCAGCACCAGCGACCCAGUGAUGCCGCUUCCUCUCCCACUCAGCCUCACACCCACGAUUGCUAAUUCACAGCAACCAAGAGCAGAAAAACAGGCUGCUACACAGUCUGUAGACAGCCAAAACUCGCUGAUAGACCACAAGUUUGCAAGCCAGUCCUUAGCUGAGGAGCCAUCCAAUGGUGAUAUUACAGAAACCCCUGGAGAGCAGCAGACUGAAAACCUCCAUGCAAAGACUCACACCACCUCAACAAAAUCUGUGUCAGUGGUUCACAAGUGUGCUGUUGACUGUGUAGAUAAGCCUAAAGAGCAAGAUAAUGUGACUUUAAAUACUCAUAGCCAGAGAAGUGUCUCUAUAGACCACCAUGUCAAACCUCAGCCUUUGUUAGAGAGACCUGAAGGCAAAGUGAAUGAUUAUGUGCAGUCAAAAGAACUUAAAAUAAAACAGCCUGCAUCAGAAAAACAAGCAGACUGUGCUGGUGUAGUCCAACCUUUAGAAGAUCAGAUGUCUACAAAUCACCAAACAGAGGAUACAGCUGUCAUCAGGACUCUUUCCUUUGAUUGCCCCCAACAGGAAACACCUGAGAAGCCUUUUAACAGCUGCACUGCUGCACAGACAGGAGAGUCUCCUGUGAAGCAUCUUAAUGUGAAAUCUCCAGCUAAAGAUUCAAAGGAGUCCUCUGAACCCACAACACAUCCUCUCAGAGAGAGAUUAGUGGAAAAUAACAAUCAGGACAAGUGUUCACCGCGUCAUAGCGUCCACUCUCAGCUCCUGUUGAGUCCUCUGGCCUCAGCACCCUGCCCCUUUAUAACCCUGCCCUCCUCUGCUGUCCUCUCUACCCCCACUCUGCCCUCCCUAGGACUCACCCCUCACCCUGUUACCGCCAGCCUCCCCCUGACCCCCUCUCCCUCUGCCCCAGCCCUCUCCCUGCCUCCUCCUCCCAGCCCAUCAACCCAGGCCCUCUCUCCUCCGGCUCUCUCUCCCUGUCCCUCCAUCACCUCCCUCCCUCCGAGCCAGCCUCCAGUCUCCCCCUCCAGUCAGAACCAGGCUUCAUCUGAACCAUCAGAUACAGGUGCUCAGUGUCACAGGGUUGAACCGCCUACCUGUCCUACUGCCUCCAGCAUCCAGUCGCAGGGCACAGGUGGGCAGGUUGGCUCGAGAACAGAGGAAACCGCAGAGCAACGUGUGAUAACAUGCACUCACACAUUGGAGGCCCCAGCAGGAGGCUGUCUGGUGGAUGCAUGCUGUCUGUCUGGACCCUCAGGCAGUUUGUGUGUAGCAGCAGCAGGAAAAUGGGCAGUGUGUCUGUGGAGUCAGACUUCAGCAUCUGAUUGGAGCCUAACACACACCUGGACUUUCAAUCGAUGUGAGUGUUUUCCAGUGAUAAAUGUAUUCCCUGUCCCUGAUGCUGCUGGGCUGAUGUUUGUGACCCUGGGUCAGCUUGAAAUCAGAGAAGUGAGGAUGCUGUCGUGCUCCAGCCUUACACAAGUGCUGCUGUGCGAGGGGGUCGUCCAGGCUGUUGUAGGUGUGUCCAAGUCCAGAGUGGUUACCUCCUCGCACUCAGCAACAGGCUCCACCCUGCAGGUGUUUGACAUGUCAGACAACAGCAGCACGCCAAGCUCUCAGCCUCUUGCAUCUGCUGGUGUUUGUGUCGGGGCCCUCGCUCCAGUGGAUGGAUUGCCUGAUGCUCUGAUUGGCACAGAUGAGGGUGGACGUGUCUUAGUCUGGAAUUUGAAGACAGGACAGCUGCUGCGUAGAAUCAUCCUGGGAGAAGGUUUAUCACACACGGCCUGUCUCAGAGGAUACUCCUACUGCGGAGUGUUAUUUGUCCUGCUGCAGCAUCAGCUGCUCAGCUCCCUGGAGGAAGAAGAAAAGGAAGCCACAGCAAAAGAUGAAAUGUUUUCAGAGGAGGAGAAGGAAGAAGAGAAGAGGAAGAAGACCGCCCUGUUCUCCUUGGUCGCCAUUAACCCUCUGAGUAGUAAAUCUGUCCUAGCUACUCGACUGUAUCCGCCCAAAGCCUGGUCUGGCAGACUGUGUGAAGCCGACGUCAACAGCUCCAGCGUGGUCGGUCUGAGUCAGAGCGGCUGUGUGUGUGUGUGGGAGCUGGGGCGUCCGGGAGCCUCGAGGAUGGUGUGGGCUCCUGAGAGCGAAGGCUGGCAGCUGGCUCGCUGGGGGGGUCGAGACACACUGGUGACCAGCCAUCUCAACGGAGAUGUUACCUUACACUGCUACAGCACGAGUCUGACCUCGCUCUGCCAUGAAAGCACAAACUCUUAGAUCAUUUUUUAUCAAACAUAAAGGUUUUUCUGUCACUGUGUGAAUGUUUACAUGAAGAUUUUAACACGGCUUCAGUGUAGAAACACCUUCAAAUUUUAACAUUUGUUCAUUCACAUGAUCCUGAAUGCAUCGCUGACGUUCUGUCUUCCCUUACAGACAUUUCAGUUUGAUGAAAUUCAACUUAAAGUUACAGGAUUCUCUCUAGGCCACAGUUCUGCUAAAAUAUGGAGAGUAUUAUACUGCACCGAUAUUCAGUGGCCUGCUGGUAAAGCUUUAUUUAGAAACUCUAUCCUAGAAAGACUGAACUGUUAAAGGUGGAGUGCUGCUAAAAUAUGCUUGUAUCCCUCCAGCCUUUGGAUAUAUUGUUUUUAGAAUACCAGUACCACACACUGGAUACAUCUUAACUGAACCAUCAAGUAGACAUUGUGCGACAGUGUCUACUUGCUGGUGAGUUUUCACUUUUUAGAUCACUGUAACCCCAGCCUGAAAAUCAACUUUGUGUUUUAUUACCGUUGCUGUUCUGACUGUUCCUUGCUUACUUGAACACAUGUUGUUAUGUUUGUUAUAUUUAAAGAAAAAAAAGUGCCAAAGUUUUUUAUAAGAAUAAGAGAUUCAUUAAACUUACACUGUUUUAGAUGGCU